AUGACCAAGCGACGUCUUGAUGAUGAUGAUUUGGUCAAUUUACUACGCCAGAAACACAAGGAAGAUCCUGAACAAAAGCAGCAAGCAGCUCGACAUACCUUUGCCAUGCUGAUGCGAGCGCAGCAAUCGCCAAUGACACCCUCCACAACAGAUCCAGGACCUUCAUACCAAUACUUUAAUAACAGCAAUCCAUGGCAUAUGAUAGUUGUCAUCAUUGCGAACAUCAUUUAUGCCAAAACUGCUUACAACAAUGCAAUCUAUGUCAACAUGUAUAUUGUUCCACCUGUUCAAAUAUCGACUACUCCCAAUCUACAGAUCAAGUGUUUUGCUUGCCGUGUGCACAAGGCCAGCAAUGAUGCAAGUGAAUAUUUCUUGUAG